AUGACUUGGAUACGACAAUAUGACCUCCCCGCGCUGCGGGAGUACAAAUACUCUGGCGUCGACCAUUCACUGAUCAGUCGCUACAUCAUGAAGCCGUUUUAUAGCAAUGUGGUCAUUCACUUGUUUCCCCUAAACAUGGCGCCGAAUCUCAUUACUUUGACCGGCUUUAGUUUCGUGGUUAUCAAUUUCUUGACGAUGCUUUAUUUUAAUCCGACCUUGGAUAAGGACUGUCCGUCGUGGGUAUAUCUUAGUUGGGCGAUUGGACUGUUUUUGUAUCAGACUUUUGAUGCUGUGGAUGGGAUGCAGGCUCGCAGGACAAGACAGAGUGGUCCGCUUGGAGAGUUGUUUGAUCAUGGUGUCGACGCUUGCAAUACCGUUCUGGGAGUGUUCAUAUUCGCCGCUACGAUGAACCUCGGUCAAUCAUGGGCUACUGUUCUCACUCUGUGGGGAGCCGUCAUGACAUUCUACGUUCAAACCUGGGACGAAUACUUCACCCACGUCCUCACUCUCGGGAUCAUCUCUGGCCCCGUCGAAGGCAUCUUGACUCUUUGUGCUGUCUUCUCAUUCACCGCAUACAUGGGCGGCGGCAGCUUCUGGCAUCGUCCCAUGCUCGCGACAAUCGGCGUUUCGCAGCCCUCUUUCCUGCCGGAUGCUCUUUAUGAGUUGCCGUUUACUUCAUGGUACAUGAUCUACGGCGCAUUCAUGCUCUUCUUCGCAACGGGCAGCAGCAUCAUCAACGUUAUGAAGGCUCGCCGCGCACGUCGUGAGAAUCCUAUCACACCAUUGUUCGGCUUGUUGCCGUUUACGUAUAUGUGGAUCUUGACGCCGGCGUAUUUGUAUCUGCAGCCCAGCAUUCGCGAGAACCAUCUAGUUCCGUUCUUGAUCUAUGUCGGUAUUGUCAAUGCUUACUCCGUGGGACAGAUGAUUGUUGCGCAUUUGCUCAAGACUUCCUUCCCGCGGAGCAAUGUGCUCAUCUUGCCGCUUGUCGUGGGUGUGGUUGAUAGCCUGGGUCCGUAUUUGGAACUGUGGCCUAGUCUGUUGGGAGAUGAUAUUUAUCAAGUUGCGUUUGUUUUUGCGACGCUUGGUCUUGCAGUUGGUGUGUACGCUAGUUUUGUGCACACCAUUAUUGUCACGAUGUGCGAUUACCUCGACAUCUGGUGUCUGACUAUCAAACACCCAUACGUCGAAGGACAGGAGAAGAUUAAUGGCCAUGCCAAUGGCGACAGCAAGAAGUCUUCAUGA